AUGGAUCCCCUCAGUAUUACUGCAAGCACCAUUGGUAUCACGCAGUUUGCUAUCUCCAGCAUCGUCCAACUCCAUGAUUUUAUUGAUAAUCUCGUCGAAGCGAAAGAGCUGGUCCAAGACAUUGCUUCCAACUUAGAGGGCGUACAGCGCCCGUUGGCCGCUCUGGAGGAACUCACCAUUUCGGACCCGACGACUUAUACCGCAGCCAAAGCGGAUCUGGAGAGAACCGGGGUUAGCGAGGCCGUGAACAACUGCGGCGAGGCAUGCGCCAAGUUUACGAACAACUUGAAGCAAUGGACAAAACAUUCCAGCGACGUGAAAUUUUCACUCCGGGAUCGCUUAUCAGUCGGAAUAUGGAAUAAAGAGAAAAUCCGGACAUUCCGAAUGCAGGUUCAGUCUUGUCAGGCUACAGUUCAAUUUGCGAUUGCAAGUACCCAGCUAAUCGUUCAACUCCGUUCUGAAUAUAAGUCGCAGACUGAUCGCGAGAAACUGAUGAUAGAAUUCCAGGCUCUAGAGGCGAGAAUCCAGGAGCAUAUGAAUCUAACUAAGGAUCAGCAAGAUGAAGCACAAAGACGUAGGCAGGACCUACAGAGCAAGCUAGCCGACGAAGAAGAUGGUGGCGCACAGCGAACUCUAGCUCUUCAGGAGGUUGAAAAGCAGUCACGCUUACUAGAGGCUGAUCAAGUUUCCUCUGCGGUUGUCUUCUCCCAGGUGCGAUCCAAACGGACGGGUCAGUAUAUUGUCAACGUCAUGACUUCCGAUGGGUCAAGGGCUUUGGUUGGAUUGCCAGAGAGUGUCGUCGGAAAAGUUGACCAGCGGAUCAAAGAUAUAACGACGCAGAAAGAUUCCGCUGCAGUUAUAGGAGUUUUCGAUAAGAGUGUUGAUAUGAGAGACUUCUUCAAGUAG